CUUGAGGAGCCAAGAAGUCCAUAGAAAUAUGGUUUUUCUUUGAACGAGCCUACACUAAUGGGAUCUUGCUUCUUUUGACCUUCUUCUAUUGUAGGAACUACUUCGAAGCGACCGUCUGUUUUGCUCCUCUCUGUCGUGUUGUCCACCACAUGUUUCCGAAAACCCGUCCUCAUUCGCUGGCCGACCGCGGGGUCGCCGCGGGCGAGCGCGCGAGAACGCAGCCGGUGUUGUUCGCGAACCCCAACCACAAAGAGCAGCAAGUGGACCCCAUUGCGCUGCAAACCACGCGGAAAAACCCCGAGGCGACGGAGAAGUUUUUGCACUCCGACUACAAGCAGCGGCGCGAGGAGCACAAGGUGCACCAUGCGGGAAAAAGGACCGGGAACAACAUCGCGUCCCGGCCGAUUUUUGACAAAAGCGGGGUUCAAAUCGGCAUCGUGGACGACAUUGACCCGCACCACCACGGGAUCUACUAUGCCUCCGACCACAUGGCCUCCUGUCUCCAGCACGACGCCCCGGUGCCAGAAGAGACCGACCCGCACGCGAAGGGGAGGAAAACCUUCAUCGAGAAGCACGGCCUCGCCGCGGGAAUCUGCCAGCGCCAGGCGCACGACCAGGCGCACCGGCGGAUCCGAAGGGGGGUUGAUGGGAAUUGGCAUACAACCAACAACCCGAUUCUGGAAGCGUGGCGCGACGAAGAGGAGGAGCAAGGGGGUAUUGACUACAUGUCGCACCACGGGAAAAAGCAUUACGGCAGCGCGGCGGUUGAUCACGUAGAGUUCGGAGCUAGUGGGCCGGUCCCGCACGACCACACCGAAAAGAAGCACUACUCCAACACCAGCCGGCAAAUGGCAGACCACAUAAAUUUCAAGGACACGGUCGGGGGUCCGAAUGAUCUCGACCACUUGGAGCGGAAGCACUUUCUUGGCGACCGGGCCACUGCCAUGGUGGAUCACGUGCACUUUGGGGAAGCGGGCAAAAACGACGUGGACCACGCGGAACGAAAGCACAACUUCCAAGCGGCGGGGGAGCGGAUUAGUGCCGUGCCGGACUACAGUUCCUUCCACAACCGGUUCUCCAACAGUCAUGACGACCCGGCGAUCGCAAAAGAAUCCGCCCAGAUGUUGAAGCAGCGCGGCGGGAAGCGCGGGAUGGGCCGGUACCCGCACUUGCAGCACAGCAUCGACGUGCACAGCCACCACGACGGGGUGCCGGAAAAGGACUUUCUCGGGCCGCACAAGGGCGCGCAGGUCGGAGGGUCGCGGGAAAACUACGAGAAAAUUUUGCAGAAGGACAGCGGUGCGGCCUAUAAAAAUCUGCAGCAAGAGACCAUGUUCGGGCACCGCACAAAGGUUUCCGACUACAUUCCGGGCUGUCACGGGGGCGAACGAGGGCGAAGGCAUUUUGACGUCUACAGCGAAACGGGAGAUACCUUGCAGCACCGGCAGGAGGGGAGGGAUGAAGGAGUAUUUAAUGGUACACAAAACGACGGGGGCCAACCUCUAUCCGCGGAGGAGGCGGAGCUGGAACAGGAGGGUUUGGACCACCACCACGCGCAUUUGGACGACUUUCUGGCCGCCCAGCGCCACAACAAGAGCGUGUACAACCGGAUGUCUGGGUACGAUUCGAGGAAGAAACUCCCGGCCGGCGCGCGCCCACAGGACCAGGACGAGGCGGUGCACUACCGCAACUCCGAUAUGCAUUGCAAAUAUGUCUAGGUCUGGAAGGACGCGAACUUGUCAUGCUAAGUCUGGAUCGUACAACGAACUACAUCAAGAACUUGUUUUGCAUAAUUACCAAAAGCUGUCCACUUUUGAACAAGUUUUUCAGAGGCAGUUUGUCAUGCAGGAUAGGCAUGGUAGAGACUCCGCAAAACCUGUCAUGGUAGGUCCUGCAUUCCGGACCUCAUGGGGCAAGGGCAUGGAAAAUAUGCAUGAGAAAUUUAGCAUUCUUCCCGACCGAGACAUAUUUGCAUUUGACUGCCGACGGGGGCAAGCAGGCCUUACUGCCCUUUCCACUGGCCGGCGCAUUGAACGGCGCCGCGCCGGGGCCGAACGGCGAAGGGGAUGGGCGCUUUGCUCCUUCAAGCCGUACGACCACGACGCAAAUACCUGCGGCGCUGCAGGAGCGGGCCAAGCACGAGUACCAGGCGACCAACGAGUGUUUUCGGGAAAAUCAAGCGCGCGCCAGUCUGGGGAACUUGUUCCGGAAAAACUACCCGGAACAGCUGAAAACCGAGCCCCGGUACCAGGAAGCGUACCACCGGCCGGACGCCGGGCACACCGAGAACCGGCACCUCCCCGGCCACCCACCGGCGCGCGAACCGCUCGGCGUGUUUCCGCAUUGGCAGCAGGGCGGGAAGAGACACGGGUGGGCCGUGACGGACUACCCAGAGACUUUCACGACCGACCCACGGCAGCAUCAUUUGAACACCAAAGUGCGCUACGGCACCAACGCAGGGGCGGAUGCUUUGCACAAGCACGUCAGCGGGGGAAGCUUGACACAGACACAACGGAUGAAUGCUUCAGCUUCCACAUCUACCAGAACAAAUGGAAAUGGGAACUACGAAAAUAAACCAGCAGACCCUGUGCAGAGCGAGUACAAUUCUCUCGCUCAGAAGCAGCAAGCGGCGGACCAGGCUGCUUCCCAACAAAGGCUUGACCGCGUGAUGCGGCUCCCGCUGCACACGCGCAAUCAACUCGGGAAGAUGCGCAGCUUCCUGUUGCGUCCGUCCAGUCUGCACCAGCGGCACAACCCGGUGAUGGAAUUUGGCCGGUUGGCACGGUCACUGCGCCAAGACGACCCCGAAGAUUCCGGGUUGCUGCCCCAGGCCGUGGCGCAGAGCAAUUUACGGCAGUGUUUUCCGCCCAGCGAAUUCUCCGCGACGGAUUUGAACCGCGUCUCCUCCGCGUUCUCCGUGGGCCAGCGCACAGAAGCAGAUGGAUUCCAGGAGCAAUUCGUCGACUACGAGGCGCUGCUCGUAGCGCUGCGACCGCAGCUGAUGCCCGUGGCGAAAAAGAUUCUAGAGGAAACCUUCGACCGGUUGCUGCCACAACUUCCGACGGGUAAUUCUUCUUCUUCGAAAAGUACCACUUCUCGCCAAUACCUGACCUUGCCCGAGGUGAAAAGCUACUUCCAUCCGCGGCACGAUCCCCGGGUGACGAGCGAGCAACUCUCCGCGUUGGCGGUGCGGGACGAGUUCCUGCAAAGUUUCGAUGGGGUCGAUGACCGGACGGGGAUUCUAACCAAGGAUCGCUUCGUGCAAUAUUACACGGUAUCUAUAGUUGUCCUUUUGAUCUAUACUUGUUCUAUAGGUUUGUCUUCAUGUUUUUUUCUGUUUAGCCCCUGCUUAGCGCGGUGAUAUGAGCGGUAAAGAGCUAACUACCCUCGUAAUAUUUCUCUUGGUUCCACAACUAGACACUCUGCUGGCACAGAAUAAAACUCACACCAGAUCCACGCGGAGCUCUUCGGCGAGAAGGAACUGAAGCGCACCCUGGACGCAGUGUGGAUCCGUACGCCGGAAAUUCACCCGAACUGUCUGCAACCCCACAUCAUCGACAUCGAAUUUCACGACGAAGGCGAGGUGGUUCCGAUUGCCCUGGUGAACGAUCUAGGGUUGAACCGGGGGUCCGUGACAGAACUCGUCGGGCGACUGCGUAGGCAGGGGGUGGAGCGGGACACGGGCCGAAAAAUCUUGAAGGUGUUUCCCGUAGGGAGUUUGAGCUAAGGAGAUGUAGAAGUAGUGCACUCGAGUUCUACGAGUGUAAUUCUAGAUCUACAUGUAGUUGAUGACUACUAUACUUUUUUGAAUCAAUUAAAAGCGUAGAGAACAAGUUGCAAAAAACUCUUGUUCUUCAUGACAUGGAGCUGCUUAGCAAGCAGCACUCUUCUGAAAACGAUAUGAACGACUGAUGAUCUUUUACCUGUGGCGGUGUCACGCGAGAUGUUACAAGUGAUUUCCUUCUUCGAAUUUCGCUAAGCUCGAUUUGAAUAAAGCUGUAUGUGUUGUAUGAUCUACUAGUAUACGAACACGCCCUGUACAUAAUUUCGAUUGAUAGACGCGUCGUAAUUUCUGCACCGCUCGAAACGAUUUGGCCAUGACCAAUGCGAAUCUUGUUUCUUUUCCACGACUGUGUAUAUGGAAUGUGAAGAAGCAUCGAAGUAG